AUGUUAUUUAAAAUCAUUUUCCAUCUCCUCAUUUCGACCUCAUCAAAUCCUGGAACUCCGAAGCAUAUGGUGGGUUUACGAAAUGAAGUGUGUGUGAUUUGUUUCCAACGUGAAUGUGCGGAUAGCCUCAUUUUGAAAUUAACGGAAGCCAUGUUCCGCCAUCUUGAAGGGUUCAAGGUCACAAUGAAGCCGUUCUAUGCCAUAUUCUCUAUGGAAGAUCUCAGGAGCAUGCCACAUGUAAAACUUUAUGUAAUUAUGGUAGAUCUAGAGUCUAGAGGCCUUUAUAUUAAUGGAUGUGAAAAAGAUCUUGUUUUCACGACUAUAAAAUACACAAAAUCACUGGGAGCCCAGUCGGUCGUAGUUAUCACUAACGACGAAGGAUCAAAAAAUUUAACCGCUCACAGCAUUUACAACUCAACUUUACGCAUGGUAAAAACAAAUGAUAAUCUACAGGACAUGGCAGCAAAUGGUCGAUUGUUUAGCAUGUGGCAGGAAAUGACGUCACAUCAACUCAGCCAUCUUAGAAGAAUGGUGAAAACAGUGUUGAAUGCAAAACUGAUCAUGAGAUGACGUGUUAAAGAGAGCCUUAUCAUAAAUACACAGUGAAAUCUCGAGCCAUUUGUGUCAAAGCAGCCAAAUUAGCUCGAAAUUACAGAUGUAUAUUGCUCAAAUAAUUAUAGAACUAGAUCUUUUCUAAUAUGAUGUUUACAUAUUAUGUCGUCUUGAACAGUGGUUUUGGUUAUCUUUACCAAUUUGGAAUACUUAUAAACAUAGAAUAUGUCCUGCUGAAAUGAAUUUUUCAAUAAAUAAGUUCAAAUUUUCCGUUUUGAUGCCAAAUAAGAAAUAAAACUAUACGUCGCCUAGCCAUUUUAAAGGUAAGAAAAUGUAGGAUUUCUACAUAUGAAGGUGUACUGAACAAUCACAAAGUUUUUGUAUGGAAGAUAGAAAAGCAAAGCAUUUUAUUCACUAUCAAGCUUUUACAUUUUGUUUUUACAAAAUAUCAAAAUGGGUUGCUUUCUUUGAUAUUACUUCAUAAAAAUGCGAUAAUUUGCGUGUUUUUCUGUGUGUUUUUGUUUUGUUUGUGUUUUUUAUGUUGUUUAUCUUAAUUAUAAAUAUAUUUGAUGACAUAAACAAAUGUAUAUUAUAUGAAAACAUAUUUGUUCAAAUUGAUACGUGUAUGCAUAAAGUG